AUGUCUAAUCUCAAUCUUUAUGCUGUUGGGGCUAUCCUGUGCCUUGAAACACUGUGCGGCUGUAUUCGUUCGACAGUUGGACAAUAUGUCUAUAGAUUCUAUUUACAAACAUAUCCACAUUCAAUGAUUAUUGCACCGCAUUAUUCUAACGAUAGUUCUAAUACUGAUGCUCAUCAUUUAACUACAAUUAACAAUAAUACAAAUUGUACAACAAAUGGACACAUUGUGACUAGUGGAGCUCAAGCUUGGGCACAACAACGUUCGGCUAAUCUAUUCUUUUGGAUUGAUCUAUCGAACGGUAUCCCAGUAAUUAUUGCAACUUACUUACUCGGUGUUUACACGCCAAGAUUAGGAAUACGAUUGGUAGCUAUGAUACCGAUGUCUGGCUUAUCUAUUCAAAUUAGUAUUUGGUUAGCAAUCAUCUAUUUUCAUUUGGCAGAUUACUGGUGGAUUAUUGCCUCAAUUAUCGUAGGCCUGUCAGGCUCUGGAAGUGUUCUCAUCUUUGUACUCCAUUUGAUUGUUACCAGUUGUACAACUGAACGUGAACGUUCGUCUCGUUUUGUUCUUCUUGGUGCAAUAACAACGAGUCUAUCAGCAGUGGCAUCAUUUGCAGUUGGUUAUUACAUAGCAUGGCGUGGUUUUACUGAUCUAUUUUGGGUCGCUUUGGUCUUGCAAUUGUUGUCAAUUGUAGUUGGUCUUCGUUUCAUUAAACCGAGUCAUUUCAUUGUCGAAACUUCAGCAACGUCACGAUGUAGAAAUCAUUCUGUAGAACUAUCCACCAACGCCAAUAAUGUCCACAUCAGAGAACCGUCGAAAGCAUGGACCGAAUUUUUCGAAGUAUUUACUGUAUUUACAUUUAAUCGUCGAUCACAUAAAAAAUCGAUCAGUCUCUACGUGACACUAUUGGCCUUUGCUUUCUACACGUUUACAUCGUCAUCGAUGGCUGUAUUUCUUUGGUACCUUCUCGGUGUUCCAUUUUGUUGGUCAUCCAAAGAGAUCGGAAACUAUUCAGCACUAUCCUCGAUCGCAUCCGCAGUUCUACGUGUACUCGGCAUAGAAGCGUUAACGAGAUUCGGCGCUAGUGAUCCACUCAUCUGUGUUAUUAGUCACAUUCUUUUUUGUGGUUCAGCUAUUUGGAUUGCAUUUGCUCAACAUAAUUGGGCUAUGUAUGUUACAUUAUUGAUCAAUCCUUUUACGACAUAUCAAGGUUCAUUGACAUGGUCAAUGAUAUCCAAAUGGUUGGAGCCACACGAACGUAGUCAUGCGUUCACAUUUGUUACAGAAACACACGUGAUAAUGAUGGCUGCUGGUGGUUCGUUCUUCAAUUGGUUCUAUGCUCAUACUGUAGUAUACAAUCGAAGUUUCACUUUUCUACUUGCUGCCGGUCUCAAUGCGAUUCCAUUCAUUCUCAAUAUGUAA